UUCGCGUUGUUGUCAGUGUUCAUGAAUGCUGGAUAAACACAUAAUUGUUUGUAAAUAACUGAAUAACUUUCGUAACAAUGGUCAAUUAAAGUAAUAAUGUUUCCCUAACGUCUUUCGUUAGAAAUAGAGUUCUGUUCCAUUGAUAUAUUUGUUAGAUUUCGAAACAAAGCAAUGGUGGGACCAGAAGUUAAUGAAAAUAAUUCUAUUGUGUUCCUAGACGUAUCAAUUGAUGGCGAGAAAGCCAGCCGCAUAGUGAUAGAGCUACGGAACGACAUAGUUCCUCGGACAGCUGAGAACUUCCGCGCCCUCUGUACUGGCGAAAAAGGCAUCGGCGCUAGCGGCAAACCUCUACAUUAUAAAGGGACCAAGUUUCACAAGGGGUUGUCACAGUUCAUGGUGCAGGGCGGAGACACCGUGAACAACGAUGGCACCAGCGGCGAGAGCAUAUACGGACCCACCUUCGAAGACGAGAACUUCAAACUGCCGCACGAACCCGGAGUCCUCAGCAUGGCGAACAAAGGCCGGCCGCACACGAACGGUUCGCAGUUCUGCAUCACGUCGCAACAGUGCCUGCAUCUGGACGGCACGAACGUCGUCUUCGGUCGCGUGCUGAGCGGCCUCGGGCUCGUGACAGAGAUGCAGCUAUACGGAGAGCAGGACGGGAGACUUAGACUGGAUUGCGUGAUAGAAGACUGCGGCGAGGUGACAGGCGCCUGGCGGGAUUGGAUCUGGGACGAGGAGGACAAAAUAACAGACUACCCCGAGGACCAUCCGCACUUAGACGAGCUUUCGAUAGAAACAUUACUAGACUACGUGAACACGAUCAAAACGUUUGGCAACGCGUACUUCUCCCAGGGCCGAUACAAAAGGGCAGUACGGAAGUACGACAAAAGCUUACGGUACAUCGCGCAUCUUAUGGAACUGUUCCAAAAGGCGCCGGACCCCAAACCGCUCGUCCCGUCGUUCAACAAAGCAGUGACGUAUACGCAGCAGUGUAACCUAAAUUUAGCGGCGUGCCACGUCAAGCUGGAAAACUUCCAGGCCUGCCUCAAAUGCUGCACUGAGGUUCUCUCAGUGGACCCGCGCAACGAGAAGGCCCUCUACCGGCGGGGCCAAUCACAUUUCGCGCUCAAGAACUACGACGCCGCGCUCUCUGACCUCAGGACUGCCGACGACAUCUGCCCUAACAACAAAGCAGUUCUUAAACUGCUAGAACAGGUCCGGAUCUCCAACAAGAGGUACAACGAUGUGCAAAAGGAGCGGCUGUCAAAGUUUUUUCGUGACCAAAAGGCGGAGAGCGUCCCAGUCGGACAUCACUGAGCUAAGACUGAAAGUUUUGAUUUAUACUUUUAAAUAAUCAAUUAGAACAGGCAAGCACGGUCGCGUGAUACGAUAUAACGUCAGGCCGUCCUUUUCGCACUAUUUGUAAGCGAUAGGGACGCACCGAUGCGAUAAGUGUGCUUACGCCUGCAGAAAUGGCCAAAGAAAACGGAGGUUUUUUACUAUUUUGUGUCAUGUUUAAUAAUCGAAACACUGCUAAUGCUGACCUUGAAUUGGUGUAGACAGAUUUUUUUUUAAUUUUUAACACUUUCCGCAAUCAGACAAAAAAUGGCGCACUUUUUCAGAAACCGGUCGUAAUUAUAGUAUGAAUUUUCUGAGAUGGUUUUUUGCCUUUUGCUGUAAUCUGUUAAACAAAUUAAGCCUUUGUUUCUAUUAUUCACGGCGGCUAGCUCCCGUCUCCACGGCACGCGCUAUAGUCUCUGUGUAGUCACAAAGUGUCAUAAGGUCCAAAUCCAUAAAAAGCCCUUUCGGAGAUAACACGUUU